AUGGCGACCCGGCGUGCGGGGCGAAGCUGCUGGGAGUUGAGCCCCGUGGGGCAGAGGACGUCUGCCGGGCUGUGCGGUCCCGGGGCCGGAAAAGAUGCAGCCUCCCCGCCUGUCCUGUCGCUCAGCCACUUCUGCAAGCCACCGUUCCUCUGCUUCGGGGAUGUUCGCCUGGGAACCUCUCGGACACUAUCUCUGGCCAUAGACAAUCCCAACGAGGAGGUGGCGGAAGUGGAGAUAUGCCGUUUCCCGGCAGCGGACCAGGGCUUCAGCGUGUCGCAACGCAGUUUCCUGCUGCAGCCUAAAGAAAAAAUUGAGAUUUCUAUUAACUGGACACCAUUCAAAGAAGGCCGAGUAAGAGAGAUUGUGAUAUUUCUUGUAAAUGAUAUUCUGAAACACCAAGCUAUAUUGCUAGGAAACGCAGAAGAGCGGAAAAAGAAAAAGAGGAGUCUUUGGGAUACCAUUAAUAAGAAGACUGUUUCAACCUCUUCGAGUCAUAACAAAAGGACUUCAAGUAGUCAAAAUGUUAAUAAAACAUUUAAUGUUUCACAGAAAGUUGACAUAGUUAGGAGCCCACUACAAGCUUGUGAAAAUUUGGCUGUGACUGAAGUCUGUUCCCCAACAGAGAAUAAUUCUUUAAUCCUUGAAGAAAAUAGAAUACCCUUAUCACCUAUUAGCCCCUCUUUGAAAGAAUGCUAUAGUGAGACUUGUUUGUCACUUUCUAUACGUCAAUCCUAUUCAUCUUUUCAUGCAUCUGAAAAUGUGGAAUUGUUGAAAGUAGAAGGCUCCCCCAUUUCAAAAGAUGUAAAUUUUAAUGAACAAAUCAUAACUGAAACAUCUUUCAACUCCAUAAAAAAUACUAAUGGCCAAAGUGAAGAAAAUAAUAGACUUAUUCUUAUCCCAAACUGUUCAACUUUACAAAGCAAUGGAAAUUUUCUAAGUCCAGACUCCUUUAUACGUAAUAGCCAAAUAGCUAAUAACAAAGUGGAAGUAAUCACAUGUCUUUCAUCUGAUAAAUUUAUGAAAGAAAAUUCAAAGCCUAUGCAUUUGGAAUCAAAAACUGUACAUGAAAUUUAUCAAACUAUUUUAAGUCCAGAUUCCUUUGUAAAUGAUAAUUAUGGACUAAAUCAGGAUCUAGAAUCAGAGUUAAUUAAACCCAUUCUAUCACCAAAUCAGUUUGUAAAAGAUAACGUAAAAUGUAUAUGCACAUCUCAGCAAACAUGUAAUAAAUUAUCACCAUUAUUGAAUGAAAGUUUUCAAGCCUCAAGACCUCAAGUUUGGAUAGAAAAUAAAGUUUUGCCAUGUACUCAUGGAUAUCAGAAUUCAAAGUCUCCCCAAACUACUUUUGAACAACCCAGAGCUGCAGAAGUGAAGUCAAGUUGCUACAGAUUUACGAAACAAUAUCAUCCUAAAUUUUCUGCUAUUAAAGACUAUAGUUGCAAAUAUAAUAAACAAGCUAAGGGACGUCCAAUACUUUCCACCACUGUUACUAAAAAGAAGUCCCACUGUGCUAGAGGAAAACAGACGGAAAGUAAUACACCAAAGGCAAAACGCUGUCUUGACAGUGUAGUAGGUGAACUUAAAGAAGUCAUGGUAGAUGCUCAGAAAGAGAAAGACUCUUUUAGUUCAUACCUUCCAAUUAUAGAUCCAAUUAUAAAUAAGUGUGAAAAUCACAAAAACGAAUUAGCUCCAUCUUCCUCAACGACAGCUUUAGUGACUCGUAAAAGAAAGAGUGCUGGAAAUACAGAAAAUGCAAAUGUGAGAGGUGCUGUUAUAGAACAUACUGAAGUUCAAGAUAUCAAAAGAAUCCACUUUUCUCCGGUGGAAUUCAAAACAUCAACUGCGAAAAAAACCAAGAGAGUCAUCACAUCAAAACAUAUUAGUAACAAAGCAAAAGUAAAUGUGAGGAAGAAAGCAGAUUUAUUGCUACAGAGAACUCCUGUUUCUAAAGUAAGCAUGAGGACUAAAUCUUUUGUUCCUGUGGCGCAGUCCAGUUUGACCUUUAUAAAAGCAUUAAAAACAGAUAUUCCUAGACACCCAAUGCCAUUUGCUGCAAAAAACAUGUUUUAUGAUGAACGUUGGAAGGAAAAGCAGGAACUGGGCUUCACUUGGUGGCUUAAUUUUAUAUUAACUCCUGAUGACUUCACUGUAAAAACAAAUGUUUCUAAAGUAAAUGCUACUACUCUACUGUUGGGAAUGGAGAGUCAACAUAAACCAAGUGUUCCUAGAGCACCUACAAAAGAUGAAGUAUCUCUCAGAGCUUACACUAUUCGAUGCAGAUUGAAUAGAUUACGUCGUACAGCCUGCUGUUUAUUUACUUCUGAAAAGCUGGUUAAAGCUAUUAAAAACCUGGAAAUUGAAAUUGAAGCUAGACGGUUGAUUGUUCGCAAAGAUAGACAUCUCUGGAAGGAUGUGGGUGAACGACAGAAAGUACUAAAUUGGCUUUUAUCAUAUAAUCCUUUGUGGCUACGAAUUGGCUUAGAGACAGUUUUUGGAGAACUCAUAUCUUUGGAAGACAAUAGUGAUGUCAUGGGGUUGGCUGUGUUUAUUUUGAAUCGCUUGCUUUGGAAUCCUGAUAUAGCAGCUGAAUAUAAGCAUCCCACUGUUCCACAUCUAUACAGAGAUGGUCUUGAAGAAGCUUUGUCUAAGUUUACAUUGAAAAAAUUAUUGUUGUUGGUCUAUUUUCUUGAUUAUGCUAAAAUCUCCAGACUUAUUGAUCAUGAUCCUUGCCUCUUCUGUAAAGAUGCUGAAUUCAAGGCCAGUAAAGAAAUUCUUUUGGCUUUUUCUCGAGACUUCCUAAGUGGCGAAGGUGACCUUUGUCGGCAUCUUAGCUUUUUGGGAUUACCUGUUAGCCAUGUUCAGACACCAUUUGAUGAAUUUGAUUUUGCUGUUACAAAUCUUGCUGUAGACUUACAGUGUGGGGUGCGUCUUGUGAGAACCAUGGAACUUCUCACACAAAACUGGAAUCUCUCAAAGAAACUCAGGAUUCCUGCAAUAAGCCGUCUUCAAAAGAUUCACAAUGUUGACAUUGUUUUUGAAAUUCUGCAAUCACGAGGAAUUCAACUAACUGAUGAACAAGGAAAAAAAAUCUUAUCUAAGGAUAUCGUGGAUAGGCACAGAGAAAAAACUCUUGCAUUGCUUUGGAAAAUAGCAUUUGCUUUUCAGGUGGAUAUAUCCCUUAAUUUAGAUCAAUUAAAGGAAGAAAUUGGCUUUUUAAGACAUACACAGAAAUUAAAGAAAGCAAUGUCUACACUAUCAUGUCAUUCUGAUACUGUCAUUAAUAAGAAAAACGAGAAGAGAAGGAGUGGCCCCUUUGACCAGUACAGUGAAAGCAUAAGACUGUUAAUGGACUGGGUAAAUGCUGUGUGCGCCUUUUAUAAUAAGAAAGUUGAGAAUUUUACAGUGUCUUUCUCAGAUGGCCGUGUGUUAUGCUACUUGAUCUACCACUACCACCCUUGCUAUGUGCCUUUUGAGGCUAUAUGUCAACGAACGACUCAAACUGUGGAAUGCACACAGACUGGUUCAGUAGUGUUAAAUUCAUCAUCUGAGUCUGAUUCUAGUUUUCUGGAUAUGUCUCCUAAAGCAUUUGAUCACGAAAAUACUUCUGAACUAUACAAAGAGCUCUUAGAAAAUGAAAAGAAAAAUUUUCAUUUGAUUAACUCUGCAGUGAGAGACCUUGGUGGAAUACCUGCCAUGAUUCAUCACUCAGACAUGUCAAAUACAAUUCCAGAUGAAAAAGUGGUUAUUACCUAUUUGUCAUUUCUUUGUGCAAGACUUUUGGAUCUUCGUAAAGAAAUAAGAGCUGCUCGACUUAUACAAACAACUUGGAGAAAAUAUAAAAUGAAAACAGAUCUAAAGCGUCAUGAGGAGAGAGACAAAGCUGCAAGAAUUAUUCAGUCAGCUAUAAUCAACUUCCUAGCUAAACGUCGAAUGAGAAAGGAAGUUAAUGCAGCACUGGUCAUUCAGAAAUAUUGGCGAAGAUUCUUUGCACAGAGAAAAUUGUUCAUGUUAAAAAAGGAAAAACUGGAAAAAAUUCAAAAUAAAGCAGCAUCUAUUAUUCAGGGUUAUUGGAGAAGAUACUCCACUAGAAAAAGAUUUCUGAAAUUGAAGUAUUAUUCAAUCAUCCUGCAAUCUAGGAUAAGAAUGAUAAUUGCUGUUGCUUCUUACAGACGGUAUCUAUGGGCUACAGUUGUAAUUCAGAGGCGUUGGCGUGCUUGUUUCAGGAGAAAACAAGAUCAACAAAGAUACCAACUGCUAAAGUCAUCCGUGCUUACAAUUCAGUCAGCGUUUAGAAGAUGGAAGCAACGCAAAAUGCCGUUACAAAUAAAAGCUGCGAUAAUUUUGCAAAGAGCUUUUAGAGAAUGGCAAGUGAAGAAACAAGUGAAAAAAGAAAAGUCUGCUAUUGUCAUUCAGUCAUGGUAUAGGAUGCACAAAGAGUUACGAAAUUACAUUCAUGUUAGAUGUAGUGUUAUUAUCAUUCAGAGAAGAUUUAGGUGCUUUCAAGCUCAAAAGUUAUAUAGGAGAAAGAAAGAGUCUAUUCUGACAAUCCAGAAAUACUACAAAGCAUAUGUGAAAGGAAAGCGUGAACGUACCCAGUAUUUGCAGAAACGUGCUGCUGCCAUUCGACUGCAGGCUGCUUUCAGGAGAAUGAAAGCUCGUAAUUUACGUAGGCAGAUUAGAGCUGCUUGUGUUUUUCAGUCCUACUGGAGAAUGAGACGGGAAAAAAUUCAAUUUCUAAACUUUAAGAAGAUUGUUAUCAAAUUACAGGCACACAUAAGAAAACAUCAACAACUACAGAAAUAUAAGAAGAUGAGAAAUGCCACCCUUAUAAUUCAAGUUCAUUUCCGAGCUUACAUUUCAGCCAGGAAAGUUCGAGAUACCUAUCAGAAAACACGUUCUGCUGUCAUUGUUCUACAGUCUGCAUGUAGAAGGAUGCAAGCUAGGAAAAAGUUCAUUCACAUCAUAACGUCUGUUACAAAGAUUCAAUCAUAUUAUCGGGCUUAUAUUGCUCGUAAAGAAUUUAUGAGUCUGAAAAAUGCAACAGUAAAGUUACAGUCAAUUGUCAAAAUGAAACAAGCACGCAAACAAUUUUUACGUUCUAGAGAAGCGGCUCUAUGUAUCCAGCAAUGGUACAGAUCUCAAAAAAUGGCUGCACUAAAGAGAAAAGAAUAUAUGCAGGUGCAGAAAUCUUGUAUCAAACUGCAAGCUUGUGUUAGAGGAUACCUGGUCAGAAAGCAGAUGAGGUUGCAAAGAAAGGCUGCUAUUUCACUACAGUCAUUUUUCAGAAUGAGAAAGAUGCGGCAGCACUAUCUGAAAAUACAUAAAGCAGCUGUUGUCAUUCAGAAUUACUAUCAUGCAAACAAAGCAGGAGUCAAUCAGAGGAAAAACUUUUUGCAAGUUAAAAGAGCAGCUAUCUGUUUGCAGGCAGCUUACAGAGGUUAUAAAGUACGCCAGCUAAUCAAACAACAAUCUAUAGCUGCUGUUAAAAUUCAAACUGCUUUUAGAGGCUAUAGUAAAAGAGUGAAAUAUCAGUCUGUGCUUCAGUCUACUAUCAAGAUUCAGAGAUGGUACAGGGCAUACAAGUCUGUUUAUGAUACAAGAAGCCAUUUUUUAAAGACGCAAACCACUGUGAUAUUUCUCCAGUCUGCUUACCGUGGGUGGAAAGUUCGGAAGCAGAUCAGAAGGGAACGUGAUGCUGCCGUGAAGAUUCAGUCUGCUUUUAGAAUGGCCAAGGCUCAGAAACAGUUUAGAUUGUUAAAAAGAUCAGCUUUAGUAAUCCAGCAACACUUGAGAGCAAGUACUAUAGGAAAGAAGCAGCGUAUGACAUACGUCAAACUCCGUCGUGCAGCACUGAUGCUUCAAGCCAUGUGGAAGGGAAAGAAACUGAGGAGACAGAUUCAAAGGCAGCACACAUGUGCAAUUAUCAUCCAGUCAUACUAUAGAAUGUAUGUGCAACAGAGGAAGUGGAGAGCCAUGCAAAGAGCUGCUCUUGUCAUUCAGAUGAAUUAUCGGGCUUAUAGUGUUGGACAGCAGCAGCGCCAUUUGUAUGUGAAAACAAAAGCAGCUGUAGUCAUUUUACAGUCAGCUUACCGAGGUGUAAGAGUGAGAAAAAAAGUAAGAGAGAGCAACAAAGCUGCAGUCACUAUACAAUCUAAAUAUAAAGCAUACAAAGCCAGAAAGAAAUAUGCCACCCAGAGAGCUUCAGCUAUUACUAUUCAGAGAUGGUAUCGAGACAUUAAGAUUGCAAAACAGCAACGUAGGGGAUAUCUUAAUUUAAAGAAGACAGUAAUUAUGAUGCAAGCUGUUUAUAGAGGCAUCAAAGUAAGAAGGCAUAUUCAGCACAUGCACAUGGCUGCCACUGUUAUUAAAGCUGUGUUUAAAAUGCAUCAGUCAAAAAUAAGAUACCAUACAAUGAGAACAGCAGCUAUUGUGAUUCAAGUAAAAUAUAGAGCAUACUAUCAUGGUAAAAUGCAGCGAGCUAAGUACUUGGCAAUUUUGAAAGCUGUUACUACUGUUCAGGCAAGGUUUAGAGGUUUAAGAGUCAGACAGGCUUUAGGAAGGAUGCAGAGUGCGGCAACACUCAUUCAGUCACACUAUAGAAGGUACAGGCAGCAAAAGUAUUUUACUAAACUAAAGAAGGUAACAAAAACAGUACAGCAAAGAUACCGGGCAGUAAAGGAAAGAAACAUACAAUUUCAAAGGUAUAACAAAUUGAGACAUUCAGUAAUAUGCAUUCAGGCUGUUUUUAGAGGAAUGAGAACUAGAAGACAUUUGAAAAAAAUGCAUUUAGCAGCAACCCUUAUUCAGAGGAGAUUUAGAACUUUAAUGGUGAGAAGAAGAUUCCUGUCUAUUAAGAAAACUGCUAUUUGGAUUCAGAGAAAAUACCAUGCAAAUGCUUGUGCAAGGCAUCGCUUACAACAAUCCCUACAGUUGGAAAAGGCAAUCAUUAAAAGCCAGUCACCAUACAGGAGACUGCUGGUAAUAAAAGAUAAGCACAGGGCUGCAGUUCUCAUCCAAGCUACUUUCAGAAUGCAUAGAGCACAUGUGAGAUACCAGGCUCUGAAAUGUGCCUCAAUUAUAACGCAGCAUCACUAUCGAGCAAACAAAGUUGGGAAACUGCAAAGAGAACAUUACCUAAAACAGAAGAGCUCGGCAGUGGUCAUUCAGGCUGCUUUUAGAGGUAUGAAAACCAGGAGACACUUGAAAGCUGUGCAUUCAGCCACUAUCACUAUCCAGUCAUCUUAUCGAAGGUUAAUGACAAAGAAAAAGAUACAAAGAACUGCAGUUCUCAUUCAGGCCACUUUCAGAAUGCACAGGGCUUAUAUAAGAUUUCAGAUUUAUAAACGUGCCACAAUUCUAAUUGAGCAGCAUUACCGAGCAUACAGAGCUACAAAAUUGCAAAGAGAAAACUGUAUCAGACAACAGCAAUCUGCUGUGGUCAUUCAGGCUGCUUGUGAGGGAAUGAAAGCACCACAGCUUUUAUGGGAAAAGCACAGAGCAGCUAUUGUAAUCCAAAGCACAUAUAGAAUGCACAGGCAGUAUAAUUUCUACCAAAAAGUUAAGUGGACUACGAAAGUAAUACAAGGAAGAUACAGAGCAAAUAAAAACAAACAGAGAGCUCAUCAACACUGUGCACUCAAGAAAGCAACAAGUUGUAUUCAGGAAGGUUUCCAGGGCAUGGACAUUCGGAAGCAAAUACAGAAAGAACAUCAGGCUGCCACUGUUGUGCAGAAGCACUUUAAAGCCUUCAGAGUAAGGAGGCAGUAUCUCCAGCUCAGAGCUGCAGUUAUUUUUGUUCAAAGAAGAUUCAGAGCACUAAUUGCAAUGCGAAAUCAUACCCAAACAGUUAUUUGUAUACAGUCUUACAGAGGCUUUAAGGGGCAAAGGGAUAUCCAACAAAAGCACCUGGCUGCCACACUAAUUCAGUCAUUCUACCGCAUGCACAAGGCCAGAGUUGUUUACCAAGCAAAGAAAGCUGCCACCAUUGUUAUACAGAAUUAUUAUAGGUCAUACGUCAGAAUGAAAAUGGAAAGAAAGAGAUUUCUAGCCAUACGGAAAUCUACUCAAACUAUUCAGGCUGCCUUUAGAGUCAUGAAAACUAGACAGAAAUUGAAAAACAUAGCUGAGCAAAAGAAGGCAGCCAUCAUCAUCCAAUCUGCAUUCCGCUGUUACAGAACUAAAACUCGGUAUAGAACUGUUCAAAGUGCAGCAGUUAGGAUUCAGACGUGGUACAAAGCCUCUCUACUUGCUCGUUCACAAAAAGCAGAGUACUGCUCCCAGAGAAAGGCUGCAGUGACUAUUCAAAAAGCUUUUCAUAAAAUGGUCACCAGAAAACUGGAAACGCAGAAGGGUGCUGCCCUACGAAUUCAGUCCUUCCUUCACAUGGCUCUGUAUCGGAGAAGAUUUGUUCAUCAGAAAAGAGCUGUUAUCACUUUACAGCAGUAUUUCCGGGUGUGGCAAACCAGAAAACAGUUUUUGUUGUAUAGAAAAGCAGCAGUAGUAUUACAAAAUCAUUACAGGGCAAAAUAUCAAAGAAGAGUUUAUUUACAAAUCAGAAGCAGUGUUAUCAUCAUCCAAGCUAGAGUGAAAGGAUUUCUACAGAGACAGAAGUUUCAGAGAAUUAAAGAUAGCAGCAUAAAAAUCCAGGCUAUGUGGAGGCGAUAUAAAGCCAGGAAAUCAUUACAUGAAAUGAAAGCUGCCUGCAAGAUUCAAGCCUGGUAUAGAUGUUGUAGAACACGUAAGGACUAUCUAGCUGUAUUACGAGCUGUUAAAAUCAUUCAGGAUUGCUUCUAUACCAAACUGGAGAGAACACGGUUUUUGAAUAUGAGAGCAUCAGCAGUUAUAAUUCAAAGAAGAUGGAGAGCUAUACUUUCUGGAAGAAUAGUUCAUGAGCACUUAUUGAGGAUAAAAAAACAUCAAGCUGCGUGUUUGAUCCAAGCACAUUUUAGAGGAUAUAAGGGAAGACAGGCCUUUCUUCAGCAGAAAUCUGCUGCCUUAAUCAUACAAAGGUACAUACGAGCAAGGAAGGCUGGGAAGUGUGAAAGGACAAAAUAUGUUGGAUUAAAAAAAGCUACAGUUUUCCUACAAGCAGUGAUCCGUGGGUGGUUAUUAAGAAAAAGAAGUUUAGAACACAAAGGCAGAAUCAGGCUUCUGCACUUCACAGCAGCUGCCUAUUUUCACCUGUCUGCUAUUAGAAUUCAAAGAGCUUAUAAAUGUCACAUCACUAUUAAAAAUGCUAAGAAGCAGAUCAAUUCAGUCAUCUGCAUUCAGAGGUGGUUUCGAGCAAGGUUACAGCAAAAGAUACUUAACCAGAAGUAUCAGAGCAUAAUAAAAAUUCAGCAUGAAGUUCAUGAAUGUUUAAGCCAACAAAAUAGAGCUGCAUUAGUAAUACAGAAAGCAGUACGUCGUUUUCUACUUCAUAAAAAACAGGAAAAGCUUAACUGUGGAAUCACUAAAGUUCAGGCAUUAUGGAGAGGCUAUUCUUGGAGGAAGAAAACUGAUUGUAAGAAAAUUAAAGCUAUACGACUAAGUCUUCAGAUGGUUAGCCGAGAGAUCCGAGAAGAAAAUAAGCUCUACAAAAGGACGGCACUUGCACUUCAUUAUCUUUUAACAUAUAAACACCUUUCAGCCAUUCUUGAGGCAUUAAAGCACUUAGAGGUAGUUACGAGAUUGUCUCCACUUUGUUGUGAGAACAUGGCCCAGAGCGGAGCAGUUUCUAAAAUAUUUGUUUUGAUCCGAAGUUGUAAUCGUAGUGUUCCUUGUAUGGAAGUCAUCAGAUAUGCUGUACAAGUCUUGCUUAAUGUAGCUAAGUAUGAGAAAACUACUUCAGCAGUGUAUGAUGUCGAAAAUUGUAUAGAUACACUACUGGAGCUUUUACAAAUGUACCGAGAAAAAGCUGGUGACAAAGUUGCAGACAAAUGUGGAAGCAUUUUUACUAAAACUUGUUGUUUGCUGGCUGUUUUACUGAAGACAACAAGUCGAGCCUCUGAUGUUCGAAGUAGACCCCAAGUUGUUGAUCGUAUUUAUCGUCUUUACAAACUUACAUCUCAAAAACAUAAAAUGAAUAAUGAAAGAAUACUUUAUAAACAAAAGAAAAACUCUUCUAUAAGUAUUCCCUUGAUUCCAGACACACCUGUUAGAACCAGAGUAGUUUCAAGACUUAAGCCAGAUUGGGUUUUAAGAAGAGAUAGCCUUGAAGAAAUAACUAAUCCUCUGCAAGCGAUUCAAAUGGUGAUGGAUACACUUGGCAUGCAUUAUUAG